GGGAGCUGAGCGGCCCCGGAUGAAGAGCGCGGCUGAAGCUUAGACCCGGGCUGAGAGGACAGCGCCGCCGAGGACGGGGGGCGGGAGGUGAAGGAGGGGCUGGGUGAGCAUGAGGCGGAGUUAAGGGAGAGUCCUGCAGAGACAAAAAAAGAACCCGGCCGGGAGUUAUGUGGGUUAGGACGACACUGACGAUUAAAAGGUGGACCGAGGAAGUUAAAAAGAAGCCUGAGAACGAUGCCAGACUCUGGGAAGAGAGCUGCAGCGAUAUAAGCAGGUUACCCAGCUGGGAGAGAGGACAUCUGCUGGCUGGUGUGGCAUCUAGCACCGAUACAUCUACCUUCUCCUCUGAAGGUGAGCUCAAGGACACUGAGAGAUGCUGCUGGAAGCAUAAGCAGUGCAGUGGGCACACACUCCACCCCUUCUCUACUGACUAUUGCCAUUGCAACCUGCACCUCCAUGCUAUCGCCAACUGUGACUGUGAUUCUAGGCUGAAGGACUGUUCAGAGAAGUCAAAUAGCAGCACUUCCCGAGAUGUGGGCCCAACCUGUUCCCGAGACGUGGGCUCAACUUGUCUCAACAUCAUCCAGUCCCCGUGCUUUGAGAUCAUCCCAGAGGAAGAGUGUGUGGAGCGGUUCUGGUAUGGCUGGUGCAAAAGUUAUAGACCUGUCUCUGUAGCAGUGAUCCACCAUCCCAUCCACUAUGAGUGUGGGGCAGACGGCCUAAAUGAAGACGACGAAGAGGAGGAGGAUGAUGAGGAGGAGGAAGACAGCAAGCUUCUCAUCUCUACCCAGAAGGCAGCUACCAUACCCACUGACACUGGCACAGUUAGGGGCCCAGGCACAUGUGUCCCUGAUUCAGCAGCUCCCAUUACCAUCUGGCGUUCUGAGAGCCCCACAGGGAAGUCCCAGGGCAGCAAAGAAGUCAAGAAGGUCAAGAAGAAAAAGGAAAAAGAAAAGGAAAAGGAGGAGGAGUCAGAUGAGAAGGCAAAACUGAAGAAAAAAAUCAAGAAGAACAAGUUGAGUAAGAAGAAAAGUCCAGUUAAGUCGGAAUCUUCACCUCCAGACCUGAACAGAUCACUAAGCCCAAGAGAGCUGGCUAGGAUGUCCGAGUCCAGCCCUGACAGUCGGGAAGAGCUGGAGAGUGAGGACAGUUACAAUGACCAAAGGAGGGAAGAAGGCUCUAGUGAGGACAUUGUGGAUCAUUCAUCAUCCAGGAAGAAAGAGAAGAACACAACUCAGGCUAAGAAGCCUGUGGCAAAGACCUCACCAAUCAAGAAGGCCAACAAAAGGAAAUCUCCCCCAGGAUCAAACCCCAAUCUCAGUUGAGGCCAAGGCUAUGAGGUGAAGAAUAAAUUCCAUCAAGCCUGUAGCUUAA